UGAAAAUCAAUUUAAUGAUAUAAAUCCAGAAAACGAAGUACUUGAAUAUUACAGCUUUCAAUAUGGUAGUUAUGAUAAUAGUAUAAUUAAUGAAGUUUGUCUAAAAUACAUAGAUGCAGACAAUGAAACCCAAGCGGAGGAUACAAACGAAGUUCAUAAUGACGAUUGUGAUUAA